AUGAUUGUCAAGCCGUACGGCUGUCCGGAGUGUGGUCGCUGCUUCAGCCAACGUUGCUCCCUCGAGGGUCACCGACGCAAGAUCCACAAGGUGGUGCUGCAAUUUGCGCCCAACCAGCGUCGCGAGGUGGUACGUGUCUGUGAGCGUUGCGGCUUUGCAUGUGCCCAUUUGGCCAGCAUGUUGGGCCACGUUGAGCAACAGCAUCCCGACGAGGUGGCCAGCAUAGACCGUCUCCGGCGCCAGUUGACUCGGCUCUCCGAGAAGCGGCGUCGCCUGGCGCCCAACUCCGACGCCAGACAUGCCUGCCUCACAGACAUGCUUGCCGGCCGCAGUCGUUGCCAAGGCCCCGCAUCGACACCGGCCCCGGUACUGGCCCUAGCUCCGGCUCCGAAGACUUCGGCUUCCGGCUUCGUCGGCGUGGCAAAUCCGACGGAGCCUGCGACUCCGACCGGCCGGAGCAGAGAAGAAGUGACCGGUUCGAGAGCGCUGUCCGAGACCUGCCGGCCGCACAACAUUGCCGACGGGCUCGAAGAGUACGAGUUUGACGGGACGGACGAGUUGGUUGUCGAUGAGGAUGACGACGAUCGAGAUGAGGAGUCCGGCGAAGAGUACGCAGAGGGAUUCGCCCAAGAAAUGGGCUGCACCAGCUGA